AUGAUUGAUUUAUCCAACAGUCUCUCUCUCUCUCUCUCUCUCUCCCUCCCUCUUGCUUUCUCAUCAUUUCUUCUUACUCCGGGUGACACUAAACUUAAUAUCUAUCUAUCUAUCUAUCUAUCUAUCUAUCUAUCUAUCUAUCUAUCUAUCUAUCGGAAUAUUGUCUUAUCUAUCUAUCUAUCUAUCUAUCUAUCUAUCUAUCUAUCAGUCUCUAAAUCCGUAUCUCUGAAAGCGAACAAUUCGCUACAAAGUCGUCAUCUAUUUGCAUACAUAUUGAGUAUUGCGUUAUCUAUCUAUCUAUAUAUCUAUCUUAGUAUUUUCAUCUAUCUAUCUAUCUAUCUCAGUAUUUUCAUAUCUAUCUAUCUAUCUAUCUAUCUAUCUAUCUAUCUAUCUAUCUAUCUAUCUAUCUUAGUAUUUUCAUCUAUCUAUCUAUCUCAGUAUUUUCAUAUCUAUCUCAGUAUUUUCAUAUCUAUCUAUCUUAGUAUUUUUCAUCUAUCUAUCUAUCUCAGUAUUUUCAUAUCUAUCUAUCUUAUAUUUUCAUCUAUCUAUCUAUCUAUCUAUCUAUCUAUCUAUCUAUCUAUCUAUCUAUCUAUCUAUCUCAGUAUUUUCAUAUCUAUCUAUCUAUCUAUCUAUCUAUCUAUCUAUCUCAGUAUUUUCAUAUCUAUCUCUAUCUAUCUAUCUAUCUAUCUAUCUCAGUAUUUUCAUAUCUAUCUAUCUAUCUCAGUAUUUUCAUAUCUAUCCAUCUUUCUAUCUAUCUCAGUAUUUUCAUAUCUAUCUAUCUAUCUAUCUAUCUAUCUUCUAGAUGAAGAAGAAGAAGAAGAAGAAGAAAAAGAUGAAACAGCGUAUUACAGAAGUAAUUAA